AAUGAAAACCAAUGAGAAAAGGUAUAUAAAAAUCCGGAAGAGACUUAAAGAUGAAAAUGCACUACAUCACUGGCAUUCAUUUUACAUAAGAGAAGAACAAUACUUAUCAAAUAAUAAAGCAAGUGAUGACCGAUUUUCCGAUAUUUCAGAGGAAAAUGUCAGCUGCAGUAAAAUUUCACUUUCACGCAAAUCUCUCUGCGAAACUAGUGAUGUAGCAGUAGUCAAAUCUGCUCCCGAAACAAAAAAACCCAUAACAUCAAAAGAAAAGGAGCUCAAGAAUGGGGAUGAUGAAAUUAAUAUAGAGAUAAAAGAUGACGAUCUGACUCAUUUACCAGAUAUUUCUUUUAUAUCUGAACCUCAAAAUGAUUUUCCAGUGGAUGAUCUGGUAAAAGAAACUGAUUUCAAACCACAUUCAUCUUUUUUAGCAAAAGAAAGUAAAAGAGCAGUAAUUGAACAAUUAAUUCGAACAAUGGGAAAGGAGACAAAGUCAUUGAAUGGUCGAAAGAUUCCCAAUAUUCGAGGGGUUAACAAUCCGGUUUUCAUUGUAGAAGAUGAAUACGAUGCUUAAAUAGGAAGGCGUGCUUUAAAGAAGCUUAUUUCAUCAAGAAUGUAUUUUCCAUCUUUUAAUGAAAAUUUGUACAUAUAGGCAUUAGAUGUAUCUAGAUACCACUAAAAACAGGCUAUGCUGAAUAUGCACAUGCUGGCUAAUUUAUUCCUUACAGUAAGGAAAAGUGAUAUUCUAGCUGUCAAUGGCUUCUAUUGGUCGUUGAUUAUGCUGAAAAAUUAUAAAAAGGACUAAAAGCUUAAAGGUGGUCUGUAUUUAGUUCUUAUUUCAAUGUAUUCCUUUGAGGAUCUUUUUCAUAAAAGCAAUUUAAUCUGUAAAACAAAUAUUUUUCAAAAAAUGCACAAGGUAACCUCUUUUGAAAGAGAAUUUCUAGAAGUAAAAAUCGAAAAUUGCUUUUUCUUAAGAUUUACUUUUUUCACCUUACAUGACAACUGAUAAAUUCAAUAUGAUGGUGUUUUGCCGCUAGCGAAAAUUGUUGCCAAGGUAACAGGCGUUACACACCUGUAUUCCCUUAAACGAAACAGUGUUGUUUCUCCCUCUGUGUAACUAUGACGUCAAAAGAAAAGGUAUUUUCCCAAAGAGACGGGUUUUUCGAUUAGUUUAUACCUGGCGCAGGUGUGCAAUGUAGAGGAUGACACUAUUUCACCAUUUAUGAGGAUAGUAAGUCUAUUAUUAUUUGUAAUACAAGGCUAAUUCUGAAACUUUUAUCUUUCAAAAUGCAUAUAUGUACUCUGUAAAAUCUUUAUGCGUUUUCUAUCAUUCAAUUUUACUCAGCUACACUUUAGAAACUAUCUCCAUUAAACUAAUUUUGCUCCAGUAAAUUUGACCAACGUGUAAACGUCUUAAUGACACGACUAAUCGCAAUAAUGCUCUAUUUCAAUUAAAAAAUUUAUCAUAUAAAAUCACAAUUAAUUGCAGCGAAGCUUUAUUUGAUACUUGUUAUGUAUAAAUAUUAUAUGACCUAGACGAGCUAGCUAUCUUCAAAUUUCAUUUAUUUAAAGGAAUAAACUCAUGGAAUGAUGAACCAAGAGUUUAAAUUAUGCACUUAAAAUCAAUCUCGACUAGUGGAGGCAAAAGACAUAUAAUAUACGUCGAGAUGUUACUGACAACAUUUCUACUGGUUCCAACUUACUACUCUUACAGAUUAUUCUAUUAAAGUUUGUUAUCUUGCAAAUGUUCCAAGUAAGACGAGCAAAUUUCUAUAAUUAAGUAAAUAUACAUAUAUACAGAAAUAUUUUAAAUAUAAUAUAUAUGCUUGUGUAAGAAUAUUAAAAUUAGCUUAAAUAUUCUGUAUAUUAUAUAUUUGACAAUGCUUAUGCAGUAUCUCAUAGUAGAUUCUUAUUUAUUGAGGA